AUGGAACAAUCAUUCGUAGAUUUCGUGCAACCCCUCCAAAGAAAGACAGCAACCUUAUUAAUCUUACCAUUUUGGUAUAGAUGGAGAUUAUCAAAACAUUUCCCUAGAGCCUCUAGAACUUUAUUAACCAUACCGAUCUUUACAAUCUGUUUAAUCAUUGCAAUCGGUAUAGAUCAAAGUCAACGAACCUCACGUUGGAGAUUAUUAUUGAUGACCGAAUCAGAAGAAGUAGAAUGGUCACAUCGAAGAUUUGAAGAAGUUUUAAAUACAGAAUCUAAAUCGAUAUUAAAUCAACAAGAUCAUCGAAUCAAACUAAUUAAAAAGAUUUGUGAUCGAUUGAUCACAGCACUUGAAAUCGAAACUCCAAUCUCAGCCGCUACUUGGCCUAGAGAUGAAAUCGGAAUCAAACAAAGAAUGAAAAGGAUCGAAGCUAGGAAUGGAGUGAAACCUUCGGCUACUACUGGUUCUUCUCUGAUGCCUUGGAAACCUGAAACGAGUAAUCCGGAAAAGAUUUUAGAGACUAGGGAUUGGGAUCUCUUUGUGAUUGAUUUGCCUAAGAUUAAUGCAUUUGUUUUACCAACCAAGGAAAUCUUUGUUUAUUCAGGUCUAUUAGAUCUCUUGGAUGAAGAUGAAUCUCUUACAGCCGCAAUCAUUGCUCACGAGAUCUCACAUGUCAUUGAAAGACAUGCAGUCGAAAACAUGGGAUUCUCAGCUUUAUCUGCAGUAGCAUUUGAUGUGAUCAGAGGAAUCUCAUUUGCUUUAACCAUUAGUUUCCCAAUCGUUUCAGAUGGAUUAGCCACUAUGAUUAAUUAUUUGAAUAAUGUAGUGGCAGAAAGAGCUUAUAGUAGGAAAUUAGAAACGGAAGCUGACGAACUUGGACUCUUGAUUAUGGCUAGAGCUGGAUAUGAUCCACGUGCUGCAUUAGCAUUAUGGGGUUUAUUAAAUGAAGUUGAAAAUGAACAAAAAGAAAGAGGUGAAGUGAAUUGGUCAGAUAAAGUUCCUUGGACACGAACUCAUCCUACUGGUCAAAAUCGUGAAACGGCUAUUAGGAAAGCAUUACCUAAAGCUAUGAAAGUUUUUAAUGAUUCAAUUAAACAUCCUAAAGAUUCAACCUCGAUUAAAAAUGAAACUAAUCUGAAACUUGCAACAUAG